AUGUCGUCAACAACUAUGACUACUAUUCAAGAUCAACUUAUUCUAUUUGGAUAUCCAACUUGGAUGAUUUUGGGAAAUAUUGGUAAUAUAUUUAUUAUUAUGAUCUUUAUGCGAUAUCGUUAUAAUGCAUGUUCAACCUAUAUUUUAAAUUUAGCUAUAAUGGAUAAUCUUUAUUUAACAUUUCUAAGUCUUACUCAAAUAAUUCCUUUUUCAUAUAAAAAUAUAACAAUAUAUGCAUUAGCGUAUUGUAAAAUACGUUUCUACUUAACAAAUAUUUUCGGUCAAGUAGCGAAAACCAUGCUUGUAUUGUCAUGUAUUGAUCGUUUUAUGAUUACAAGCGAUCGUGCUAGUCUUCGAAGAUUUAGUACUUAUAAACGAGCAAAAUUUCUUAUCUUUUCUUCGAUUAUUUGUUGGUUACUUAUUUGUAUUCAUGUUCCAAUAAUGAUCACAAUUGUCGAUGGACAAUGUGGCAUGUUUGGCGUUUAUGCAACAAUUUAUAAUGUUUAUACUAUAAUAUUUUUUAGUUUAAUUCCAUCUAUCAUGAUAGGUAUAUUUGGCUACUUAACAUAUCGUAAUAUGAGACAUAUACGUAAUCGUAUUCAGCCAAGUGAACAUAAUGUAAAUAAUGUUAUUAAACGAAGAGAUCGAGAAUUAAUGGUUAUUAUCAUAUCUGAAGCAUUUGUUUAUGUUGUUACCGCAAUGCCUUAUACACUAGUUAUGAUAGAAAUGAUUACUAGUCGAUAUGCAUUACCUAAUAAAAGUUUUCAAUAUUUACAAAUUGAACUUUUCAUAUUUAAUAUUUCAUUUUUAUUAUUAUUCUUAAAUAAUGCUGCACCAUUCUAUAUUUAUUUAAUUACAUCAAAAUCAUUUCGUCGAGAUUUUAAACAAUUAAUUUUCAAUUUUUAUCAGAAAAUAGUAAAACAACCAACCGUACCAGUUGCUUUCAUAACAAAUCAAUCGUUAGCACAACGAGACACUCGUGUCUAA